AUGGGCGUCGACAGUCGCAGGCCGCCGCUUCCGGCGCCGACGGAGUCGACGGACGAGAACUCACCCGUCGAGACCGAGCUGGCCACUAACCUCACAGCACGCACCGACAAGACCAGCUACGAAAUACCGGAGGAUGGCAGCCCGAUUACCAUAUCUACACAGAAACUCACGGGCGGCAAGGAGCUAGGCCGCUCGACACACCACCGGCAGAAGAGUCAAACAUCAUUACUUAUAGAGUACUUCGAAGGCUCCAAGACUGGCGACAAGGUCAAGAGCCGGCCGAGCGUUCGAGUCAAGGUUACACCGAGUGCGACGAAGAAGGGUAGGCAUGGUGGACACGACGCAAUUCAGAUCACGAACAUUGGCAAGGAUCGCAAGGCUUCUUACACCCGGCGCAUUUCGCUGAGCAGCAGCAAGAACGUCGAGACAGGCUUAGCGCCAGGCGAGGGUACGGAAAUCAGUCAUUCUUCGGAGAGUAACGUCUCAGCACGUCCGCCCAUCGAGAUCGAAGUAUUGAAUCACAACGGCAGCGACAUGUCGAACGGUCGAUCUUCGCGCGGUUUGCUGUAUGCGCAGAAUGAAUCGAAUGUAUCGUCUAUGCCGCCUGAUAGCAUGCUUGAGGGCAGCAGGAUCACAGACAGCGACCUUAGCCGCGAUCUCCACCACGACGACGAUAUCACAGUCACAGAAGAGGACCACUUGAAAGCUCCAGCAGAUGCGCGCAGCCGGAGCGCGAGCCACGAGCGCCUCGCACAGAAGGUUGUCGAGAAGCUUGGCCAAGGCGCGACGAGAUCGUACAAGGGCGCCAGCACCACUCGAGACCGCAGCUACGGCAAAGAGUACGACGACGAUGACUACGACCGAGAGCGCCGAAGGCACAGGUCACACUACCCAGGAGAUGAUUCAACCAUCAGCGGCAACGGCUCGAGCAUGCUGUCGUAUCGUUCCGGCUCGUCGCAAGCUUCGCGUCUUUCCAACAACCCGAGGUUACUGGAGGUCGUCGAGCAAACGAUCAAGCGCGUGAUCAUGCCCGAACUCAGAGCCAUCAAGGAAGAUCAGCGUGCUGAUCGCAACUUGCGCUCCUUCGACAGCGGUCGUACCACCAUCCCGAAAGACGGCUAUGAGAGCCCAACGCUUGAGCGGCGUGUCAGCAAGUCAUCAAGCACACCGCAUCUCUCCAGCAAGCCGAAAGUAGUCCUCAACCGUGAAGGUGAUGAUCCUGGCACUGUUCUGUCACGUGGGGACUCUGAGCGCCAGAAGAUACGCAAGUCAAGUCGCGAGUACAUGGAUCGUCCAUCCAGCAGGAGAUCUUCGGGUACGCAGUCGCAGCAAGGUGAUGGGUACGACGAAGAGGGCAAGGUGCGCCGCAAGUCUAGCCGAAGUAGCCACGGUCUUCGCGACGCAGCCGCUGCAGGAAUGGCUGGUGGCAUCCUGACCGCGGCCGCACUAAAGUCGCACGACUCGCAGUCAGACACGCAUGAGCGUCGCAAGAAGCGGAACAGAUCCCACGGUAGCCGCAGUCGUUCGACGAGCAUUGCCGAGACCAACGACGAGGCGUACGGCCGCCAGGAAGAGAUCCCGCCCCUACCGAUGGCCAGUCGUAUCAACGACUCGGAUGUCACUCGCGAAAGCAUUCUUUCCACCUCAACUGAGCGGCCGUCCGAGAUCAUGACGCCAAUCCGAGAGGUGUCACGUGGCUCAGUGGGAGACGCAAUGUCUCCCGUAAGCGGACGUACGCCGACACGGACGCCAGUGUCUGGGUCGCGAGGAUUGGGCAUGAGCCACACAAACUACUCUAUCGACAGUCCGACCAACAGCAUCUCUGGAAAGGCACGGAUGGCUGGCCUUGCUGCUGCGGGUCUCGGUGGACUUGCUGCUGCAGAAGGCGUCGGAACUCAUCAUCACGACUCGGUCGAUGCUGAUGGCUAUGGGGAGACUAUGUCACGACGUGGCGUCGCAAGUCCAGCUCAGAGCGUCUCGAGUCUCAAGAAGCAGUUCGAAGAAGAGGAGUCGCUCGUACCGCAAGGCCUGCGCCCUAAGAGCGCCGCAUCAAGGUCAUCAGCCGGACGUCUACGUGAAGCGCGGCUCUCCCCUAACUCCAUCCGUUCUUCGCCCACGACACAGCGACUCGCGGCAUCAAGGCAGCAAUCGCAGAAUGUCAGUGGUGACGAAUUCAUUACACCGCUUGAGCGGCCCGAUGCUUCCUUCAUGCGUGAGACCACUCCUGGCACGCCAACUGGCGGAGAAAGCAUAGACGAGUGGUACGAGCGCCAGCAUCAAGUCAAUGACCGCUAUCGCCAUUCGCUCGGAGAGGCGACAAACCGCGACUCGUACCAGACUAAUCCUUUUCCCGAGGAUGACCGGCGUUUCACGCGGUACACGGACGACAGCUUCGAUGAGCCGGUCGAGGAGGUUGCCGAAGACGAGCAGAAUGUGAAAGGCGUCGGCGCAAACCCCAUUUUCCAGCAGCCUGCGGGGAUUGAAUCUAACGUGGCUUCACUGAUGGAGCCUUCAACCAUCAGCAGCAAUAUGCGGACUUCGGAGGAUAGUCCGGUCAAGUCUAGUGGCACCUACGCAAGCCGUAUGGCGAUGGCGGACAAAUUGCGCGAACUGGACAAAGAGGGUCCGCCAGCUAUGUACGAGGGCUCUACGCUCAGCCAGACCAUGCCCAGCCCGGAUCGCUGGGCUGCGAUUAAAGCACAAGUGUCUGGCGCUAAUAGCAGAGAGAAUGUAAGGUCACUCGGCUCGCCACAUCAAAGUCCGGCGAGGAGUCUCCGUGAGCAGCCCUCGGCGCCAGUUAUGGGAGCUAGUGGCUUGCCGGUUGCUGACGAUCCAUUACCGGAGAUUGGACAUUAUGAUGAUACUAAGUCGGAAAUCUCGACGAACCCUUCAAUCAUUCAUGGUCCGCUGGGUGGCGAUAUUACGGGGAAGGAUACUUGGCCGUAUACACCUGAGCCAGAGUCUGCGAAGAGGGAGCUCGCCACUCCGGGACAGAGGUCGUUGCGUGGUACGCCAGGUAAGGGUGAUGGUCUGUUCGCGGCUGCUGCUGGCGGUGCUGCGGCUUUGGCGGCGGCGCAUGCUGCAAAGCAGCCGACUGUCGAAGACGAGCAUGCUUUGCGGCGCGAGUACUCCCCAGUUGUGCGACACGCGGGUAAGGAAAUUGACCGUGAAGCGACGCCAACCGGCAGCCCUGCCGCCUUCCGGGAUGAAGGAUAUGCAACGGAUGUGCAUGGCCGGUCGACUGAUGCCAUCACUCCACAGCCACGCUAUAGCAAGGAGGACAUGGAGGACUAUCAACGUGCAAUGGACGCCCACGACGAUGAUCCCUUCACGACGACAGAUGUCAAGCAUGCACGCCAUGUCAGUGGCAAUUCGCACGGCAUUGCGUCUCCGCUCUACGACAGCGCCACCGGAAAGGGCAUCAAUGGGAUUCAGUCCAAGGACAUCGUUGCCCUUAUGGAUCACCUCACCGUGCGAGAUGCUCAACGCAAUGCUCGCGAUACCGAAAUCUUGGUGACACUGGUCCGCAACGCCGCCGAGCUGCGGCAGUCGUUUGACGAGAUGAAGCAGUUCAUCAAGGAUCAGGACCGGCUGAUUAUGGCCAAUACGGAUCGCGAUGCGGAGCAGCUCCAGAAAGUGCUGAGCGGACCGCGUCCACAGCCUCCAGGCACGCCUCGCACUACGCCCAGACGCGACACGUCUUCGCAAGAAGAUGUUCAGGCGAAGCGGAAGGGUGUGCUGAGACGUGCGCUCAAGGGCCUCACCGGUGGCAGACGCGCGGAUGAUCUUGCGAAGUUCGAGGGUAUGCUUAUGGAGAUAUUGGAAAACGUGGAAGACUUGAAGCAUGGCGGGGUUAGUGCUCGUCAGCCUACGGGGUACACGAAUGAUACGAACGACACGCUUGACUCCUACGCGAAGCUUCGCGCCGCUCCCGACUCCGGCUACGAGCCAGAGGGCCAUGCAGGUACAUCGAGCACACCAAGCCACUCUGGCGAUUUCGAGACGCCGCCGAGGAUCGAGAAGCACCAGUUCCAUUCAGGCUAUGAUGGUCGACGAGGCUCGGUCAACCGCGUUAGCACUGUGAUGGAAGGUGAUGAAGAUGAAGAACUUACGCCUGACGAAGACCAUCUGCUUCAUCAUCAGUUCGAGAACAAUGAGCGGAUGCUCACGCCCACGCAAGAGACGAUCCGUGACCAACGCGGCCAGUCGCCGAAUGAUACGCCUUACCACGGUGCGGAAAGGUACGCAGAUGGGAAUGGACAUACUGCGGAGCUUACCCCAAAAACCGCGGACAAGCAGCGCAAGCAUAAGAGCAACAGUUCGUCAAUCUUCGGCUUCGGUGGAGGGCCGAAGAUUUCGCGCUGGUCCAAGACGACCUCUUCGUCUGCGGCUCCGGAUCGGACGUCGCUCGACAGUCCGAAUGCGGCGCGCGGUGUACGUCCGCUGUCAGCGGCAUCACGGUCAAGGUCGCAGAUUGAUAAGUACGAUGAUGAAGACUACGAUGUUCAUCCAGACGACCGUCUGCGGUCGACGCAAAGCCUGGCAAGAGACCAGCAGCGGCCAGUAUCUCAGGCGGAGACGAGGAGUAUGCGGAGUCAGGCCAGCAAAAUCACUCGUACGCCUUCACCGUUGGUCCCGUCCGAGGCUUCCGUUGAUCGGGAUGUGGACUACCGUCAUCGUGAAGCUUCUCCCGUUCAGUAUGACGAUGAGCACGAGUUCGAUGACCCGAAGUACCAGGCCCACCGCAACUCGCUGCUACUCCAGCACCCCCAGCCUCGACAAGGUCCCACCGGGCGCCACCAGAACAAAUUAGAAACGCAAGCAGAAGACUUUGACGAUCCUUCCGGUACCAACAGCGAUGUCUCCCAACGUACUACGAGUGACUUCGACCCAACGAUGUGGGGAUCUUCCGGUACAGCCGCGCUUGCGCGCAACCGACUGAGCCAAGCCGAACCUAUGAGCCCGGCCAGCGGAGGAGGAUAUGGCGGCACCACAGCAGAAAGGGAUGAAGGACCGCUGAUUCCACAACAGAAGCCCCAAUCUCGGAUCCACGAGACGGUGCCGGAAUCCGACUGGGAGCCCACAUACAGUAACAGCGGGUUCAGCAAAGGCGGCUAUUACGCAAGCCCGUACGGAUCGGGACAUCUGCUUGAGCCGAUUGAGGAGGUUCGGUAUAGUCUGGAGACGGAUAGUGGACAUUUGUCUCCUGAGCCCCAGACUGCACAGGCGGUUGACAUGCGCCACAAGGGUCGUAAGAUCACGGGUCCGAGACCGAUGGGGCGUACUCGCAGUCCUGUGGCGCCACAGGCGAGGAUUGUGGAGCACAAUAAUGGGACGGUUCGUCGGAAGCCAGUGGCGAAAGGUACGACAUAA